AUGGCUUCAGUAAAGCCAAAUUACUUUACAUGCACUCUCGGUCAGGCUGCGCAAUUGAAAAGCCAGCAUGGUUCGGCCAAAUGGAAGACGGUGCUAGAAUUAGUUGACCACCAGGCUCAAAAUAUUCCAGACUCACCAGCCCUUGGCUUCGCGACCUUCAAGCAUUUAAAAUCCAGUCAAGUGUCGCCCUACUUUCUGACAUUCAAGGGUCUCUCAGAGUCAUCAAAACAUGCCGCCCAAAUAUUAUCGCGAGAUCUUCCCCAACCCAAAGACUCCUCACAUAUGACGAUCGGCCUCUUGGCGGCGAGUACCACCGACUUCGUUUUAACAUGGCUUGGCUUGAUGCGCCUGGGAUAUACAGUCUUGCUUCUUGCACCCCAAUUGGCACCACCGGCAAUCACACAUUUGUGCCAGACCCUUCAUAUCGACCAUGUUCUUGUUGAUAAGACGUACGAGCACAGGGCUCGCGGCCUGGACAACAGAAUCGAUGUAACCAUGAUUCCUCGAUAUCAUCCAGCCGACCCAUCCACAACGAGCUUUAAACAGACCAACAAGACAUCCGACACUGCAUACGUCUGCCAUACUUCAGGAACAUCUUCUGGCCUCCCAAAGCCCAUUCCGCAAACCCAGUUCGGUCUCAUGGGUGCACUUUACAGCUUCCCGGGACAAGACAAACCGGCCACCUUUUCCACCACUCCGCUUUACCAUGGAGGGUUCCCAGAUUGUCUGAGAUCCUGGACGAGCGGCGCUGCAAUCUGGUUCUUUCCUGAGGGGCAUGCGCCUGUCACUGGAAGUAAUAUCCUCAAAGCACUUCAGUACGCAAGAGAGAAGAGUCCAAGUCCAGUGCAGUACUUUUCCUCAGUCCCUUAUGUCCUCCAGAUGCUCUCCGAAGAGUAUGGAGGACUUCAAAUCCUUCAAUCGAUGGAUAUGGUCGGAGUUGGUGGUGCUGCGCUGCCUUCUGCAAUAGGCGAUAAGCUUGUGGGCGCAGAUGUGAAUCUUCUAUCACGAAUGGGAAGUGCGGAAUGUGGAUUUCUGAUGUCUUCUCAUCGUGAUUUCGCCAACGAUAAAGAGUGGCAGUUCCUCAGACCCAUAGACGACCCCAAACUCAUCUCCUUUGAGCCACGCGACAAUGGUCUUUCGGAACUUGUGGUCAAGCCGGAUUGGCCUUUCUUGAUCAAGACGAACCGCGAGGAUGGAUCUUACGCUACGUCUGACCUUUUCGAGCCUCAUCAGUCGAUCAAGAAUGCGUGGCGGUAUCACAGUAGAGCUGAUGCGCAAAUCACUCUUGGAAACGGCAAGAAGUUCGACCCUUCGCCUGUUGAAGACAGCAUAUUGGCUUCAUCAAAACAACUUCAAGACGUUCUGAUCUUUGGAGGUGGUAGGGAUUACGCUGGUGCCCUUUUGUUUCCUGCUGGGAACGUUGGCAGUGCAGAGGUGAUUGACUCAGUAUGGCCACAUAUCGAUCGCAUGAACAGCGAAAGUCAAAGCCACGCUCGAAUAACAAAAACAAUGUUGGUCGUGGUCCCUGUGAAAGAGGGUGAGAAGGCGCUAGAGAAGAGCAGCAAGGGCACCAUUCUCCGACGACAGGCUGAAGAGCGAUACGCCAAGGAGAUUGAACAAGCAUACGAUCACAGGCGUUCGUCUGCAUCGAAGAGUAUAUCGGAUGAUGAACUGUCACAAACUGUACAAUAUUGCUUUCAUCAGGUACUUGGACGAGAUAUUGAUCCCGAUCAGGACCUGUUUAAGCAAGGCGUUGAUUCAAUCGCAUGUAUCCAGAUUCGCAAGCUGAUCGAACAGUCUUGCCUUUCGCCCCGCAACGAACCGCUUCCUUUGAACGUCAUCUACGACCAAGGCACUGCCAACGGUCUUGUCGCGUACCUUGAUAGUGUGAGGAAAGGAGGCCAUCACCAUAGCCGAAAUGCCAGAGAUGCAGACACCAAGGCGAUGCUAGACCUCACCGAAAGAUACAGCAACUUCGGGGACAUCAAGACAGUGUCAGACCGUCAGCGCGGAAAGAGUGUCCUGCUUACCGGGGCUACUGGGUUUCUCGGAGCGCAUAUGCUCGAUAUCCUACGAAGAGACUCCCGUGUCGACAAGAUAUACUGUCUUCUAAGAGCAGACAAUCCGUCUACUGCGCAUAAACGGGUUUCUGAAGCGCUGAGUCAACGCGGGAUGCAUGGGCUUGAGCAAUACGAACAAGUCAAAGACAAAGUCGUCUGCCUACCGUGUAACCUCACAGAAAGCAAUCUGGGACUUUCCGAAAUCAAUCGAAACGAGAUACUGGGUAGCGUCGGGACAAUAAUCCACUCAGCUUGGGCGGUCAAUUUCAGUCUUAACCUACCAUCCUUCGAAGACCAAAUCAUCGGCACAAGAAAUAUAGCGACCUUCGCCGCUCAGUUCAGCGCUCGAUUUAUUUUCAUCAGCUCAAUCGCGGCAGUCAGCGAUUCCAAGGCCAAACCAAUCCCCGAACAGCUGUCACAGAACCCCAGUGAGGCUUCUCCGCUAGGCUACUCACGUUCGAAAUGGGUAACGGAACAGAUUUGCGACGCUCUAAACAAGACCACAGGCCAUGAUCCCCUUGUUACGAUCAUUCGCGUGGGACAGCUUUGCAGCAAUGAAUCUGGAGUCUGGAACGCCACUGAGGCGUAUCCCUUGCUACUUUCUACUGCGAAGAUCACAGGCUGUCUACCCAACAUUCCCAACGAAUCACUCAACUGGCUUCCCGUCGAGCAAGCCGCACAAGCAGUCAUCGAAAUCGCGCGUUCCGAGUCGAAGCCAGACGGUAGCGCCUCUUCGAAAACACCAGUUUACCAUGUCCUCAAUCCCCAUACCGCGCUGAAAUGGACCGAGAUGUUGGACUGGCUCUCGUCCAGCAUCGGGACGCCAGAAUUUGAGAAGGUCUCCCCUCGAGAGUGGGUCAAGCGUUUGGAGAAGGCCCUCGGCGAGAGGAGUGUCAAUCAUCCAGCGCAAGCCCUUCUUGGGCUAUGGAAAGAGUCGUACGGACUCAUGAUAGAUGACGUGGUGAGCGCAAAGACACAUGAGGACGAAUCACCUUUCGAUGUUGUGAAGACACGAGACGUAUCUGCCACAAUCAAGGACGUUCAACCAUUGGAUAGAGAGCGAUUGAUCCAGACUUGGAAGUGGGUGAAUGACACCAUCAAGAGUUAG